CCACCCGCUCCUCGCCCCGUUUCUCUCGUGAUUUCGUGAGCCCGAUCCCAAUCCUCUCCGCUCCCUUCUGCUCGCCCGCAUGAUGGCGGCGGCAGCGCUGUACAGGGACGCGUCGGCGCCGGUGGAGGAGCGGGUGCGGGACCUGCUGGGCCGCAUGACGCUGAGGGAGAAGGCGGCUCAGAUGGCCCAGAUCGAGCGCACCGUCGCGUCGCCCCGCGCCCUCGCGGAGCUCGGCGCCGGAUCCGUCCUCAACGCCGGCGGCAGCACGCCGCGCGACCGCGCAUCCCCCGCUGAGUGGGCCCGCAUGGUCGACGACAUGCAGCGCCACGCCUUGUCCUCCCGCCUCGGCGUCCCCAUCAUCUACGGCACCGACGCCGUCCACGGCCACAACAACGUCUACGGCGCCACCAUUUUCCCUCACAACGUUGGCCUCGGCGCCUCCAGGGACGCGGGGCUCGUGCGUAAGAUCGGCGAGGUGACGGCGCUAGAGGUCCGCGCCACCGGAAUCCACUGGACCUUCGCGCCCUGCGUCGCCGUCUGUCGGGAUCCGAGGUGGGGGAGAUGCUACGAGAGCUACAGCGAGGACCCAGAGAUCGUUCGCUCGCUGACCACCUCCGUCACCGGCCUGCAGGGGCAGCCUCCGGCAGACCACCCUUACGGUUACCCGUUCCUCGCGUCUGUUAGGGAGAAUGUUCUCGCAUGUGCCAAGCAUUUCGUAGGGGAUGGUGGCACGGACAAGGGUAUCAAUGAGGGGAAUGCCAUUUGCUCGUACGAAGAUUUAGAAGGGGUCCAUAUGGCACCUUACCCUGAUUGUAUUGCUCAAGGGGUUGCAACGAUAAUGGUAUCCUACUCUAAAUGGAAUGGGGAGCCAUUGCAUUCAAGCCGCUAUUUGCUGACGGAUGUUCUGAAGAACCAGUUAGGCUUCAAGGGUUUUGUGAUUUCAGAUUGGGAGGGCAUUGACAGGCUCUGUGAGCCUCGAGAACCUCGAGGGUCCGAUUAUCGCUAUUGCAUUGCACAAUCAGUUAAUGCGGGAAUGGACAUGAUUAUGAUACCUCACAGAUUUGAGAAGUUUUUGGAGGAUAUUGUGUUCUUGGUGGAGACAGGGGAGAUACCGAUGUCUCGGAUUGAUGACGCUGUCAAGCGGAUUUUGAGGGUCAAGUUCAUUUCUGGAGUGUUUGAGCAUCCAUUUUCAGACCCAUCUCUGCUGGACAUAGUUGGUUGUAAGGAACAUUGGCUGCUGGCACGUGAGGCUGUUCGAAAGUCUUUGGUACUUCUAAAAAAUAGCAAGAAUCAGACAGAACCGCUCCUUCCAUUGGCCAAAAAUGUAAAAAGAAUACUGGUUGCAGGAACACAUGCUGAUGAUAUUGGAUAUCAGUGUGGUGGGUGGACGAUAGCAUGGCAUGGGAACAGUGGGAAAAUAACUCUUGGUACAAGCAUAUUGGAGGCCAUACAAGAAUCAGUGGGAGCGCAAACUGAAGUUGUGUUUGAGGAAUGCCCAACAGAAGCUAUGAUUGAAACUGGGGAGUUUUCCUAUGCAGUUGUUGUGGUUGGAGAGGUUCCAUAUGCUGAAUGCACGGGAGAUAGAACUGACCUUAGUAUUCCAUUUAAUGGCUCUGACGUUAUCACCCGUCUUGCAAGUAAAAUUCCUACCGUAGUGAUUGUUAUAUCUGGAAGACCCUUGGUUAUUGAGUCACAAGUUCUAUCGAAGAUAGAUGCUCUAGUUGCUGCCUGGCUACCUGGAAGUGAGGGCAUGGGAAUUACUGAUUGCCUCUUUGGAGAUCAUGAUUUUGUUGGCACAUUGCCUGUGACAUGGUAUAGGUCUGUGGAUCAAUUGCCUAUAAAUGCUGGAGAUGCUAACUAUGACCCGUUAUUCCCUGUUGGAUAUGGAUUGAAAAUGUUUCAAAGUGAUGGCGGUUCAACAUAACCUUAUCAUUGAUUUGGUUAUACAUUUGAAUCUCUGUGAUAAAUGUUAAAUGUUUUGUACCCAGUUACUAUUGGAAAAUUGAAAGACAAUGUAUUGGGGCAUUGUAAUGUGUUAAAAACUUUAUAUUGUUCCCCAUAUUUUAUUUA